AUGCAUUCUCAACACAGUUCCGCAGCUAAUUUCACAGAGAAUGGUGCAAACGGGGAUACAAACGGGGAUGGAGGCAAGCAAAAUGCAGGGCCGGAACAAUUAGCCAUCGUGGGCAUGGCCUGUCGCUUGCCCGGUGAUGUCUCCAGCCCAGAAGAUUUCUGGGAACUGUGCUCCCGAGGCAGAAGCGCCUGGUCACCAAUCCCCGAGUCCCGAUUCAAUGCCUCUGCGUUCUAUCACCCGAAUCCAGAUCGCGCCGGAUCGAUUAACACGAAAGGUGGGCAUUUCCUCAAGGAGGAUGUCGGGUUAUUCGAUGCGCCGUUCUUCAACAUCACACUCCAGGAAGCGCGAUCCCUCGAUCCCCAGCAGAGACUGGCCCUCGAAUGUACAUACGAAGCACUUGAGAAUGCGGGAAUCCCCAAUCAUUCCAUCGCAGGGCGCAAGAUCGGUGUCUUUGCAGGCGCGUCGCUCCCGGAGUACGACAUGAAUAAUUUCAAGGAUACGGAGGCUAGUCCCAUGUACGCGGCAACGGGAACUGCUGCAUCGCUUCAGUCGAAUAGGAUUUCAUACUACUUUGAUCUGCAGGGGCCAAGUCUGACGAUAGAUACCGCGUGCUCAUCUAGUUUGACUGCUAUGCAUCUCGCGUGUCAAAGUCUUCGCGCCGGAGAGUGUUCCGCAGCGAUUGUAUCUGGGUGUCAUUUGAACUUGUUCCCAGAGGGGUUUAUAUCAAUGACGCGCUCAAGGUUGCUUUCGGAAGAAGGACGUACAUACGCAUUUGACCAACGAGGAAACGGAUUUGGACGAGGCGAAGGCGUUGGAUGCAUCGUGUUGAAAACACUCGAAGACGCACAGAAAGCAGGAGACGCCAUAAGAGCCAUCGUCGUGAACAGCGGGGCAAACCAGGACGGCCGAACAAGAGGAAUCACCAUGCCGAACGGCGCAGCUCAGGAAUCAUUGAUGCGCUCGGCCUACGAGGAUGCCGGAGUCGACCCGGCACUGACAGGAUACGUUGAAGCGCACGGCACAGGAACCCAAGUUGGAGAUCCGAUCGAAGCGACGGCACUGAAUACAAUUUUUGGAAAAGGUCGUACAACCCGCCAACCUUUAUUCAUUGGCUCCGUCAAAUCAAACCUGGGCCAUCUAGAGGGCGCGAGUGGGGUGGUUUCGAUCAUCAAGACUGCCUUGAUGUUGGAAAGGGGGUUUGUCUUGCCAAACUGCAAUUUUGAUAAGGCAAAUGAAGACAUUCCCCUGGCCAAAUGGAACAUGAAGGUAAACGGGAGGUGCUCAUCACGGCACGAGAGAUUAAGGAUUAAGGUCAUGGCUGACUGGUUCAAACAGGUCCCGAAGAAAUUAGCUCCCUGGCCUAGAGGCAAGCCCUAUGCAAGUGUGAACAACUUCGGUUUUGGAGGAUCAAACGCCCAUGUAAUCCUACGGGCUGGACCCCGUAGCAAAGGGGACGGAACCAUCAAGCUUGAUCCAUUACCGCGAAAAGUAUUCGUUCUCACGGGACACGAUAAGCAGGCGCUUGCUCAGCGGGCGAAUGAUCUAAAUGCCUACCUUGUGAAACAUCCCGCAAUCUUCGACAACCAUCUGUUGGGAAACAUUGCUUACACUCUUGGACAAAGGCGAAGUUUCUUCCAAUGGAGACUUGCAGUUUCCGCGUCCUUUGACAAAGAGUUGGUGGAGUUCUUGACUAGUAAUCCUGAACCACAUCGAGCGGCGCAAGAGCCUGUUCUCGCGUUCGUUUUCACUGGUCAAGGAGCACAGUGGCUUGGAAUGGGGAAGGAGUUGAUCGGGACAUAUCCUGUGUUUAAGCAGACAAUGCAAGCUGUAGAUGCUUGCCUUGCAGCUCUUGGUGCUGGAUUUUCAAUGAUCGAUGAGUUGCUCCUUAUCGACCCCGCUACAAGCUCUCUUUCGAAGGCUCAUAUGAGUCAACCAGCUUGUACAUCCGUCCAGAUAGCACUGGUCGACCUACUUCGCUCAUGGGGAAUAAAGCCCAGCGCCGUGACUGGUCAUUCAAGCGGCGAAAUAGCGGCAGCAUAUGCAGCAAACAAUCUGACACUCGAGGAAUGUGUCCAGAUUGCAUAUGCCCGUGGCCUUGCAUCUGGCUUUUUGACUCAAAGCUCUAGAACACAGGGUGCAAUGUUGGCCGUGGGAGCGAGCGCCACAGAAGUACAGCCCUUUGUGGAUGCGCUGACGAACAAGCAUGCCGUCAUCGCGUGUGUAAAUAGUGGUUCCAGUGUCACGGUAUCCGGGGAUGAGGAUGCCAUCGUUGAGCUCCAGGGGAUCCUGGAUAGAGAGCAAAUGUUUACCCGUCGGUUGCAAGUCGACGUCGCUUACCACUCCCACCACAUGAAGCAAGUAGCCCAACAAUAUCGCCUCCUGAUGGGCAAAAUUGUUCCGAAAGAGUCCGGCAUCCCCUUUCAUUCAGCAGUGCACGGCCGGAAAAUACCUGCGAAGGAUCUGGAUGCGUCAUAUUGGGCCGAUAAUCUUGUCUCCAGGGUGGAAUUCGUACAGGCUCUGCAGAACCUCGUCACGGAAAACCCGAAGGUUACUACGCUUAUCGAAAUCGGCCCGCACUGUGCUUUGCAGACGCCCAUCAAGCAGAUCCUUUCGCAAAGCUCCCCAAACAAAACCAUUCAAUACCUUCCGAGUCUGAAGCGCAAAGUCGACGCAGUUGAAGCGGCCCAGCAAUUAGUGGGCGCUCUCUUCGUGCGAGGGUAUUCAGUUGACCUGGGUGCCGUGAACUUCCCCGACUCCGGUGAGAAUGCCCGCAAGCCUACGCUGUUAACGAAUAUGCCAAAAUACCCCUGGAAUCAUUCCGAGCGAUAUUGGCACCUGUCUCGCUUGGCGCAUAAUCUGUAUUAUAGACCGACACCGCGCAACGACCUACUAGGCUCACUCUGUAUGGAAAAUGUUGAAUUCGAGCCGCGCUGGAGAAACAUCCUUCGGUUGGAUGACUUUCCCUGGAUUCGCCAGCACAAGGUCCUCGGGAGCAAUGUGGUACCGUUAACGGCAUUCCUGUCCAUGGCAAUUGAAGCUAUGGCCACGCACGCAGCACUUCAUCACAUUACCCUGGAGAAGGUCGACCUUCGAGAUGUUUCAAUAUCGCGUGCCUUGACGAUCGCCGAGGGUGCUUCCGUGGAGACAAUGUUCACAUUGAAACGCGUCAAUGAAUCCGCCAGCAAGCCUAUUGAUAGCUGGCAUGAGUUCAAAGCCUUCUCCUGGGUUGAAACGCGUGGCUGGGAGCAACAUUUUCAAGGUUUCGUAAAAGGCCAAGAAAGUCAGCAUGCGAAUCCUGUCGAUGGACAGCGACGACAAGCAGCCAUUUCAGCAGAGAUAUCGCGCCAACUAUCAGACCUCAAGGCCUCAUGCACUGUACCUGUUGGCUCAGAGACUCUUUACAGCAAUGUUGGGAGCAGCGGGGUUGAAUAUGGGCCGCUUUUCCGGUGCUUGUCUAACAUCUUGGUCAGCGAGGACUCGAAAUCAAGAGCCACGUUCUCUGCGCCAGAUACCAAGACCUGCAUGCCUCUCGAGCACGAAACUGAUUGCAUCAUCCACCCGGUCGCAUUGGACCACUGCCUCCAACUACUGUGGACACUACUAGGGUAUCAGCACGGCCGAUUAGAUGUAACGCACGUCCCGUCCCGGAUCUCGCAGUUUUCAAUUUCACUUAAACGCCCCUUCUCUGCAGGCACCCAAUUUGAGCUGUAUGCGCGCCCCCCUCUGCCUUCUCCAACACGUCGCCCACGGGGUAAUCGCAUCCUUGUCAUGCGGCCCGAAGACCCUCAAAAUCCAGCCAUCGAAAUUGACGGGGUAGUAAUGAUCCCUUUGACGAACGACGGCGGCAAAUCCUGGGCAAAAGAGCCUAAUGCCAUGUGCUACAAACUUCACUGGGAGCCGUGUCUUGACUUUCUCUCCACGAAAGAUUACAAGUCUCUUCUGGAAGGAAGCAAUGGAGAUCCACAUGGUGUUCAGAGGAUGCGACUUCUGGACCGGUUGGCGGAACAUUACCUUCGCAACGCCCUGGAGCAGGUCUCGCAUGAGGAAGUGCGCAAUCUGGAGAACCAUUACCUCAAGUUUUAUCACUGGAUCCAAAAAGCUUGUAAAUCCGCCCGCCUUGCACAGCCCCUGUCGGAGCAGACCAUCGACUACGUUCGAACCAUGAAUGGGUCUGGUGCUCUCCUGUACCAAAUUGGCUCGUCACUUCCCAAGAUCCUUCGGGGUGAAGUGGACCCGUUGAAUUGUAUGCUCGAGGACGACUUGCUAAACAGAUACUAUCAAGAGAUCGAUAACAUGCGUCAAUCCUACUCCCAGGUCUCGGUUUGCAUUAAGCAAAUGGGACAUCAGAACCCCAACAUCAACAUCCUCGAAAUCGGUGCUGGCACAGGCGGUGCUACUGUACCUAUCCUCGAAGCCCUUGGAGGGGGGAAGUCCGGAACAACCCCACGAUUCAGCCAGUACACCUACACCGACAUCUCUCCCGGCUUCUUUGAGAAAGCCAAGAUUAAGUUUGAACCGUGGGACCAUCUCAUGACAUACCAAACUCUCGACAUAUCCUCCGAUCCGACAAAGCAGGGUUACCAGCCUCAUUCAUACGAUCUAGUCGUUGCCUGUAACGUCCUCCACGCAACUCCAGAGAUCAACAAGACAGUCGAACAUGUCCGGAUGCUGCUCAAGCCAGGGGGCAAAUUGAUCCUGAUUGAGGAGACUUCGUUCAAAGCCAGACUUUUCCCUUUCGCAGCUCUGCCUGGGUGGUGGCUAAGCCAGGAUGCGAAUCGCGUUGACGGGCCACUUCUCGAUCUCGAUGGGUGGAACAGUGUCCUAACCGCAAAUGACUUCUCGGGGAUCGAUGUCCAGCUCGACGACUAUCCGGACUCGGAAGAUCGAAGCAGUAGCAUCAUGGUUUCUACGGCCAAGGGAUCGAAGAAUGGACCCGAGAACGAUGGUGAUAUUGUCAUUAUCAACAAUGAUAGGAGCCACAAGUCCCAUUUAAGGGAUGGCUUGAAGAAGUCCAUAAGACAGACGACAGGCGUUGAUCCCGUUGAAGUCGCACUAACCCAGGCGAAUGUUACUGGCAAGUGGUGCAUCUUCCUCGGCGAUAUGGAACAGCCGAUCCUUUCGCAAUUAGACCCUGGACACUUCAAGAAGAUCCAGAAUCUGGUCAGCGGCGCUCGAGGGCUACUAUGGGUCAUCCAACACAAUAACAAGGAUUCACGAUCUCUCGCCGAGAACAUGGUGAUAGGUCUAGCUCGAACGGUGAGGUCGGAAACUGGCUUACCAUUCGUCACGUUGGACCUGGGCGAGAAACUGAAUAUAUCAACCGUGGAGGCUAUUGGUCACAUCGAAAAAGUGUUCAACGGUGCUUUCUGUCGAAAGUCACAGCUCACUGAAGCCGAUAUGGAGUUCACAGUUCGCCAAGGGCGUAUCUGCGUAUCUCGUCUUGUCGAUAACGAUGCGCUCAAUUUGAGCAUCCAACAGGAGGCCCAGGAGGCGCCACCACAAUUGCAACUCUUCCAACAGCCACAGCGACCCUUGAAGCUGACCACCGGACAUAGCAGAAUGUUGGAUGAGUUGUACUUCACGGACGACCAGUCUCUGGCAGCCCCGUUGCCUGAGGAUUAUAUUGAAGUCCGCGUCUCGCAUGUGGGACUGAACUUCAGAGAUGUUCUAGUUGCGAUGGGUCAGCUCCAAGAAGGCAUGCUCGGUCAGGAGUGUAGUGGUGUCGUUACCGCCGUUGGAAUGAAGGUGACUGACUUCCGAGUUGGGGAUCGUGUGUUUGCAAUGUCGCCUGGAUGCCUUUCCACAAUCGCACGAUGCCCGGCGUAUUGCGCCUGCACUUUACCCGAGAAUGUCUCCUUAGAGCUAGCAGCCUCUAUUUCCACAGUCUUCAGCACCGCAUACUACUCCUUGAUCGACCUCGGACGACUACAAAAAGGGGAGAGCAUUCUCAUUCACGCCGCCGCCGGAGGUGUCGGACAAGCAGCCAUCAUCAUAGCGCAGUCUAUCGGCGCCAAAGUCUUUGCCACAGUUGGCAGCCAAGAGAAGAAAGAAUUCCUGAUAGAGACUUACAAUUUUGACAGUGACCAGAUCUACUUCAGCCGAGAUACCUCUUUCGCUCGGGGGAUCCUGCACGCCACGGACGGCGAGGGGGUAGACGUGGCCUUGAACUCCCUGGAUGGAGACGCGUUACAAGCGACUUUUAAAUGUGUUGCUCCAUUCGGACGGUUCAUUGAGAUGGGAAAGAGGGACAUCGUUCAGAACUCCAGAUUAGAAAUGGCGCCUUUUGAUCGGAACGUGUCGUUUGCCUCGGUGGAUAUGAACAUUGUAAGGGAAAAGCGACCGAUGAUGUUCAAUAGAUUGUUGCGCAAUUCUGUCGACUUGUUCGUGCGAAGCCAGGCCCUAACGCAGUGGCCCGUCACCACAAUUCCCAUCUCAGAAAUUGAAUCCGGCUUCCGCGCCUUGCAAGGUGGUCAGGUUAUCGGUAAGAUGGUCGUCCGGAUGGUAGACGAUCCAGACGGUGAACAUGCCAUGGUGAAGGUUCAUCCAGCCAGAAAGCCUGGCGCCCUCGUCCAGCCGAAUGCGUCGUAUAUCAUCGUCGGAGGAACAGGAGGAAUCGGCCUCGACCUCGCCAGCUGGCUCCCCAGCAAAGGCGCCACACAUCUUAUUCUAGUUUCUAGAAGUGGCGCCGCAAGCGACAACGCCAAACGAACUGUCCAAGAGCUGACAGAGAACGGCAUUAUAGUCGAAAUCUGCCGCUGCAACAUAUCCAACCAGGCAGAUGUGACAGAAAAGCUCGGCCAUAUUCUGCGCCAAAUGCCCCCCGUCCGUGGAGUCAUCUACGGCGCUAUGGUUCUUCGCGACAUUCUCUUCGAGAAAAUGACCCAUAACGACUACAUGGCGGUCAUUAAGCCCCGAGUCCACGGUAUCAUGAACCUACAAUCUCUCCUCAAAUCCUCAUCCACCCUCGAUUUCUUCAUCAACCUCUCCUCCGGCGCCAGCUUCAUCGGCAACAUGGGACAAGCCCAAUACGCCGCCAGCGGCGGGUUCAUGGCCGCCCUCGCCCAAUAUCCGCAAGCCUCAGGCCUACCCUGCACAACGCUCGACCUGCCCAUCGUCCGGGGAGUCGGAUAUCUCAGCGAGGACCAACAGAAGCUCGAACAAGUCUCCGCACAGCUCGGCACUUCAGCCAUCACCGCAGUCGAGAUCCGAUGCAUUGUCGCAGCCGCGAUACGGAACGAGAUCCGCGAAUCCAGCGAAGGCCACUGCGUCAUUGGAUUCGAUUUCAUAAAAUCGACGCCCGUCGCCGAGCUCCCACACUGGGUCAAAGACGCACGUUUCUCGAACCUCACCCGUCUCUCGCAACUCAUGGAAACCGCCGCGUCGAACAGCGCAGCGGCGAAACAGACCGCCGUCGAAGUCUCCCCGGCUACUGCUGUGCGCUCGGCGCGGGCCCUUGAUGCAGCCGAGAGUCUGGUCGUCGACGCGGUAAUCAAGAAGCUGUCGAGUAUUUUGAUGCGUCCGGCAGAGGAGUUGGAUCCGUCUGUCCCGAUCUCUGUGUAUGGGUUGGACUCUUUGGUUGCGAUUGAGGUCCGGAAUUGGAUUACUAGGGAGUUGGAAGCCAGUUUGCAGAUCUUGGAGAUUUUGGCGAGUGAUUCCCUGCCUGUGUUGGCGCGGUUGAUCUUGAAGAAAUCGGGGAUCUUGUCGGUUAAGGUCAAGGGGGAAUGGGGGUUGAUUGGGAAUGAGAGUUAAGUCGCUGAGGGGAUGGUGUGGUUUGGUUUGAUUGGUGAUGUUAAAUUGCAGUUUAUUUCGUUUAUAUUGAUUGAUGUUAGAUGUUUUGUGAAUUCGCUGUAGAUGCAUACGUUAUAUACGAUAAUAUCAUUUUUGCUGUUUCCCGAACUCUAUAGAUCAGAUCUGUUGCCUUGAAUCCUUGAUUGUGCCGUAGACAGAGACAAGAUAACAGGUCUACAGACAGUUUAUGAAGGGACCGGUCCUCUGAAU